GUGUGACUAACUGUGAAGGUAUAAAGGUACAACUUCAUUUUGGGGCUCUACGUCUCUGACUCCCAGAGUCAGAAGUUUUAAAUAAAACAAUUAAAGACAAAGAUCGAUCUUUAUCAUUUCUUGGCAGUUUUCUCUACCAUUUCAUUAAAGGAUAUCCGUGUCAGCCUUCAUCCAUAUAGACGGAUUUUAUACAUCUCAGAGUUGUCUGCUGAGUUAAGAAAUCGAAGUUGAUGAAGGAAAGUAAAACUUGGCUGGAUUGACCAAUCAAACUGGAUAAGGCUCCAAACUCUGUUUGACGAACGUGAAGACGACAUGGGCACAAAAGUCAAGGUGGUGAUAGUUUUGGCGGUUGUGCUCAUAUUGCUUGUUCUUGGUCUUGGUCUUGGUCUUGGUCUUUGGCAUGCAUCUGAAAGCCAGAAAAUUCAAGAUUGCAGAUAUCCUCCAAUCCCGCUAAACAUGGCUCCAGACUCUGUUGAUGACAUGUACGACAAAUGUGAAGAGAAGAUGAAGGGAAAAAUAGAGAAUGAUUUUUUACAAAAUGAGAAAAACAAAAAUAAAAACUUCAAAGAGGCCUGGAAUAAAGCUGAGGAAUACUACAAGAGUGAAUGGGAGAAAAAAAACCCGCCACUGAUGAAAGAACAAAUCAUGGCUAUUCAUGCAUACACCCUUAAAAACCCACCUUUAUACUGUGAAUUCAACAACGCAGUCCGAACAAAUAAGUCUGUGUACCAAACCAACUUCCCGUAUCACACUCUGCACUUCUACCUCACCAUGGCCCUGCGCACCAUCAAACCUACAGCUGUAAAUUGUGUCACUGGCUACCGUAGAACAAAGAGUGAAUUCAGGAAAGAUGUUCUCAACAAACAGAUUCGUUUUAGUGCUUUUUCCUCCAGUUCAAAAGAUGGCUAUGCUAAUGAAAUGUUUGGUGAGGAAUCAUGCUUUGAAAUCACCACAUGUUUUGGAGCACAGAUCUCAAAGUUCUCUAAGUUUCCAUCCGAAAAUGAAGUCCUGGUUCCUCCGUAUGAGGUUUUUAAAGUAACAGAAGUGAAGGAAAGCUCUGAGCAAAACAAGCUUCCUUGUAAGUUUGUCUACAAACUUCAGAGCACAAAAACAACAAGUUCCAAUUUAAACUGUGCUUUUUUCAACAAUAAAUAAAAAUUCUACUCAGACAAUAACCAUCUACAAAGUUUUAAUUGAAACAUUCUAGAAAUAAAAAUAACUCUGCCGAUGUCGACAUAAUUUGAUAUUUUCUCCCAAGAAAAUGGGCCUAAUCAGUUUUACACAGUGAAGUAAUUAGAUAUAAUGAUAACAAAUGUACAACAGAGUGUGAAAACCUAUGUAAGAUUUUGAAUGUGUUUAAAUUGUUAAGCUGAAUUUCAGUAAGGACAGAUAAUAUUAGUUUUCUCUAAAACCAUUAACUUUCUUCUCUGCUGUUUUUGUUCUUCAAUAAAAACUAAGCCCAAAUCAGU